AUGCCGGGCAUUCGCGUUCGCGCGCCGCGUGUUCGCCGCUCAGUUUCGGUCCAGACGGAACUGCACGCGCGUAUACACCCGCACUCGAUUCGGGUCUCGCUAGUGUUGGAUAUACAUAAACACACCCGUGUGCCGUUGGCCGUCGCUCAUCGGUCAUCGGUCCAGUCAGCUGCCCGAAAUCGAGGUUCCGAUUAGCGCGAGGAGUGAACACCGACCCGUUCGUCGAAACCCGGGAAAAGACGUGACUCGGAUUUUCAGGGCGUUCUUUGGAUUUUUUCUCCGUCGCUCUCUCUCUCUCUCUCCGUGGAGUUUCAUUGUGCGUACAUACACACAAAGUUCACAGCUCGAUUUUUGUUUUCUCCAUACCGAGUGAACUCCGAUAUAUGUUGUGAAUCUUUGUUGAACUUAGCCACGGAGUUGGCGUCGAUGUGGCACGCAUCGAGGCGCGUUGCAACCGCAACGCGCAAGAAUCCUCGACCGCCCAACGAUCCUCGACUCUCGUGCGACGAUUGUUUGACAGCUCCUUUGCUUUCUCUCCCUCGCGGUUGUGCGCCGCGAGUCGUGAUAAGAAGCUCGCUCGGACAAAAAUGUCUUCAAGAACCGUGAACUCCUACGUCUCGCUUUUUUACACUGACGGCUCGUAGCUCCGCUUUCCCUCUAUCUAUUACACUCUCGCCUUGCUGGAAGCCGACUUUAUUAAGGGUUCCGGAGUCGAUCGGGCUAGGUCGCGUAUGCAUGACCCUCGUCACCGUGCUCAAAGCAUGAAUACGCCGGGAAAUUCGGCCUGAGUGUCGGCCACUCGCGCCAUCGGCGAGCCAAUUCCCCCAAACGGGCCGGGUCGGUGACAUUCUUCCCGUAAAACGACCUAACGAGACUGGAUCGCUCUCUCCAGUCUAGUCGAGUUUCAAGAAAGAGAGAGAGAGAGAGAGAGAGAGAAGAAAAUCGCGCGAGAAGAAAAUUCGCACAGCGGAUUCGCGGACGACGAUGGUCGAUCGCAAACGUCAGCGGCUCGACUCGAAAGAUUAACGUUUUCAUCCCUUAAGGACCCGGCGCCGCGGUUCGUUCUUCGUCGCGCUUGACUCGCUUCCUUCAUUUCCCUUUCGUCUUCCGGAACGUCGAUAUUUGACGCACUGACCCACCUCCUUUGACAAGUCGCAGGAUUUAAUCGUACGCGCGAUCGAACGACCCGGACAGCUCCUCGUCGUCGCUCGCUCGUUACAUUUUAUUUAUCUCAAAACUUCGCUCCGAGACGAUCAGUGUAUCAUGUAUUCUUAGCGAUUUUCCAUCGCGCCUGCCAGACAACGCCAACUCCGAAUGGUAAAGGGACGCGUUCCGUGAGGCAUAGGCGCGCAGCGGCUAAAGGAGAGAGAGAGAGAGAGAGAACAGUUAACGAGCCGCAUCCCUCCCCACGGUGAACAAGCUGCGGUAAAGUGAUAACGAUGUUGCUGCGUACGUUUUGGUGGCUGGUUUGUACCUCCUCGGUGACACUCGGGGCACAGCGUGCAAAAGAGCUCAGCGAUGGCAAAGCGUCACUCUGCGACGUGGUUUACAACAGCGAUUCAACGAAGACCGGCGUAGUCAUGUCACCAGCGUACCCGAAUCCAUAUCCAACCAGGACACAUUGUACAUACGACUUCCAAGGAAGAGGAAAGGAACGGGUGCAGGUGGUAUUCCAGGAUCUGAAUCUGUAUCAUACAUCGAGCGAUUCGAACGACUGCGAGGGAGUCGAUUCGUUAAUAGCAUACGUGCACAUAGACGGCAAGAAGGACAAGAUAGACUCGUUCUGCGGGGAAACACCGCCGCGGCCCAUCAUGAGCAACAGUCCACGGCUUUCUUUGGAGUUUCAAGGGCUAACGUCAUCCCGCCAUUCAAGGGGCUUUAAAGCAACGUAUUCUUUCAUGGAAAACUUCGGUAUAACGACAGGACGGCAGGAAGAGAAAUAUCCGUGUGCCUUUGUUUUCAACAGCAACGAGACCCGCAACGGUACGUUCGCGUCGCCGAACUACCCCGGGCUGUAUCCUCGUAACACGGAGUGCCACUACUUCUUCAAUGGUCAGCUUAACGAGCGGGUUCACCUUCAUUUCCACUUCUUCGACGUCGAGGGAGUGUUACCGUGUGAAGCUGUAUCAGCCAGCGAUUAUGUUGAAUUUUCCAACUACAUGGCGAGAGACCGAAAGUACUCGAGGCAUUGCGGUCAACUGAAAGAAUUUGACGUUUACAGCGAUAGAAAGUUCUUUCGCGUAACGUUCAAGAGUAACGAUCGCCUCGACGCUACGGGCUUUAAUGCCAGCUACGUGUUCUUGGACGAAGAAGAAAAUUAUACGAUGAAGAUACCUGUGAGCAGCGGAUCGGCAUGGCAUGGUGUCACAUCGCCGCCCUUGCUGUUAUUGCUGCCGCUGCUGUUUAUGAAUCGUCUUCUCGCUGGCCGGAUGACACAUUAAUAAGCGAUCAUCCGGAUGGAUCCUGGCUCAAUUUACAACGAACUGCAACUUCGAGAUCGAGAGCCAUCCAAAGAAUUUACCAAUCGCUCAGCUCACCGAGGAGAGUGAUGACUUCGUCAAUGAAUUUAUCGAGGGAGAGAAAGGAGGGUGUUAGUCCGAAGUCUAUUAUAUCCCCCCCCCCUCAUGAGAUAAAUAAUGUUUUAAAUUUAUCCUCGCAUCCUUUUUCAUUCUAUCUCAUCCGUUCGCGCGAUCGUGUCACGUCGACGACGCUGUGCGGAAGCAAACAUUAGCAUUAAAAUAUUUUCACGUUGUCUAAGCAGUGUGCUGAAGAAACGACAACUGUACGGAUGGUGUCAUUAGUUGAGAGAGAGCGCAUGAGAGAGAGAGAGAGAGAGAGCCAUAUUAUCGUGAAUACAGAAGCGAGAUUAAUUGAUCGCGCAGCUAAAUUGGCGCUAAUGUGGCGUCACAUAGGUAAGUCACAGUUGAAAGCUCAUUCUUCUGAGAAGCGUUCUUACUUUCAAGCAGCAGCAACGCAAAAAUAUUGUUGGCGCUGUCUUAACUCAUAAGGAAACACAAUAAACUCAAACUCUUUGAUUGAAUAAACUUUUGUAAGUAGGAGAAUUCAAAAUACAUACUUGAAUAACGGCGUUUUUUAUGUAGGAGAAAUCGAAUCUGGAAACCACACUGAUCAGAAAUCACAAAGCUUACAUCUCAUGUAAUAAAUGAAGGAGAAUAUUCUUUUUAUAAUAUAACUUGCUUAUAUUAUAUUAUGUUAAUCGAAUGUAUGAGACGGCUUACAGCCAAAGUAUCGCUUAUGGUAUUUACACUUUUUUUUAAUUGGAUGCGUGAGUAAAUUUUUUCUCAUCUCUAUUGUUAACGUUUUGUUGAUUUUAGGAGAUUUUACUAGUCACAAUUUCUCUUUAGUCGUAAAAAAUAUGCUUUUCGCUCAUUUUUCCAGUAUUUAGUUCAUCGUUAUUGUAAUAUUGUUUAUAAAUAUAAUCUCUUUUAUUAUAAAUGAACGUUUGGUGUGAAUUGACUCAAAUCCGUGGAGCUGGUCACGCAUUAGGACACCUCUACAUAACUAUGACGUUCCUUAUACAUGCGUGUGGAAGCACACGCACUAAUCGCUGAUCGAAUGUUAAAUUUGAUUGGUUUAACGACGCAUUUAAGUUUUAUAGAAAGAAAUGAUUUAUGUUUUUAUGAUGUAAUAUAUAUAUAUAUAUAUACCAGCUUUAUAUAUUACAUUGUAAUAUCUCACUAAUUUUAAUCAAACAUUAAAAUCACGUUUAAAUAAACUAUUUGUCUUGUUUUCUCUACGUAAAAAAACAUAUGACAAUUGAUCUGGGGUAUGGGAUGAGAUGUUAUAUUUGCGCGACUUUGUUUACAAUUAAAUAACUUCUUUGUGCAUAAAUAUAUAUAUAAAGUUAAUAUUGUUUUCUUGACCCGGUAACAAUCAAGUCUCUCCUAUAACUCUUGAAAAAUAGAGAAAGAUGUUUGAAUUAGAGAUUUGAUGGUAAAUUAAAAGUUACAAAGCGACAUAAACAGAUAUUAAACACUUUUUUUUUAAAGAAAAUGUUUGGAAAAUUCUUGAAAAAGAAUUUUUGUUUAUGUCACUGUUCACCUUUAACUUGCUAUUAAACUUUCAUUUUAAAUUGCAAAAGUGCUCUUGCAAAAGUUCACUUGCAAAAGUUAAUCCAAACCGAGGAGUUCAGGUUUGUAGUGUUUCUUUGUUAGAAGAAUUCAUUUUGAGAGAAAAAGAUAGAAAGAGAGAGAGAGAGAGAGAGAGAGAGAGAGAGCGCGCGAGUGUCCUCUUUGUUCGAUGUCAAUUGUAAGUUAAGACUUAAACGAGUGCGAAGUACUCUUUAAUUAUCGACAUUUCUUUUGAUUUUGAUCUGAAAAUUUGUGUGUCAACUUACUCUUGGAAGGAAGAUACUAUAUGUAACUAUUUAAAUUUAGUUUCAUUCGUUAGAUAUGCAAUAUAUUUUGCUCGCGUUUCGCGCGAAAUGAAUUAUCUCACGAAUCUUAUCGUUACUGUCCGAGUAUCAUCCGAAAGUUAUACUGUAGUGGAAAUUUGAUCCUUCACGGAUACGCUACGAAUGGACUUAUUACAUCCUCUUUACGACUGUGAUGUUCCUGUUCUUUCUUAGUUAAUUAGAGACAGGGGCAAGUCUGAUCACGUGCGAAAGCAGACACUCGUAUUCGAUAUAAUUAGGUCUCGAAGGUAUUAUUAAAUCGCCGACUGCCUCACGGGAAUUUAGAAGCGUAUAGUUAAGACUUCACCGUCAGAGUCCUGGUUUAACGGGCAAACGUUAAACAUAUGGGAAAAUUGCGGCAUAAUAAUUCGAAAUAUGAAUUUCGAAUUCAGUGAGAAUACGUAAUCGGCUCAUUAAAUGAGAUAUAUAAUGAGAACGGUUAACGCGCAGUUCUUAAAAAUGUGCGUUCGGUUGAGCGAUUUCGACGAUGAAUGUUUCGAUAAUGAGCAAUACGUGAUCGGCUGAAUUUACGGACUACUGAUUAAUAGAGAAAUGUUUUGGGAACAUUUUUUGAAUUAGUGGACGCAUCGAUAUUGCAUUAUUCAAUAUCAUGUGAAUAUUGAUAUCUACUAAAUCCUUUCGACACCUGCAUUUAAUGACUAUGCGGAAUAUCGAUUGCAUUUGGCAUAAACAAUUUUCUCAUUUCUCGUCGAAUCCUCAUUACAACGUGUGUGCGUGCGUGCGUGCGUGCGUGUGUGUGUGUGUGCGU